AUGUACGGUACAAAAUCAGGCUCUCGUAGAGCAGAAUGGUAUAGCACGUUCGGUGCUCCUUACGGUAUAAUUUCUCCAGCACCCGGUGUUCAUCGCGAGCGACGGCGGAUCUGGAGCGAGGCGUUGAGCAACAAUGCACUUCGCGGAUACGAAUCGCGAAUCCAGUCAUACACCGAGAAGUUUAUCGAUAUCUUGAAGAAAUCUGCGACGUCCAAAUAUCCUCUCGAUGCCUCAAAAUGGUGUAUAUACUUUUCGUGGGAUGUCAUGGGUAAUCUUGGUCUCGACAAAGACUUUUCUCUGCUCAGUACUGGCCAAGAGCAUUGGGCUCUUACGCUUAUGGCGGGCUGGACAAAAGCUAUCGGUCUCCGUCUACCGCCCUGGUCCAUCAAUCUGCUCAAAGCGAUACCUGGAUCCUCGAGCGCUGCCCAAAAAUUUGAUGACUACUGUAACGAUCAACUAAAAUCGAUUCUGGCGAAGAGAAAGGCCUCACAAGAAAACUCCAGUCUGAUGGGCAUAAUGGCGUCGCACGCUCAGUCUCCGCCAACUAAGGAGGACUUGUUGCAUCUCCAGAGUGACUGUCGGUCUGUCAUUUUCGCUGGCAGUGACACAUCCGCGUCUACCCUCAUUUUCAUCUUCUUUUACCUAGCUCAGCAUCCGGAGCAUGUCAAAAAGUUACGGCAAGAGCUGGACCCGCUUGCGGGUAUGGACGGGAAGUUCAAACACCAUAGUAUUCAGAGGACCAAUCACCUCAAUGCGGUCAUCAACGAAACAUUGCGCCUCCAACCUCCUGGUAGCGUGCUUCCACGGCAAACGCCAUCGGAAGGUAUUAUGGUUCAAGGCACGUUCGUACCUGGAGAUGUGACAGUCAUCGGUUCGCAAUACGUUGUUGGACGUUCAGAAGAGGCAUAUGUUCGGCCGUUGGAAUUUAUACCUGAGCGCUGGUAUGCUGAGCCGGAUUUGAUCAAAGAUAGGGCUGGAUAUGCUCCAUUCAAUGUCGGUGAGUAG